GACGACACUUCCGUGCUAGCAACUUCUCCUUUCCUGUUUCACUUGCCGCAUGAAGAAUAAACGACUGCUCCCUACUGGAAGGAACUAUAAUGCAAGAGUCUCUGGCCAAGUGUCCUGGUUCUCCGCAGCGAUAGCAGCAGACAUCUGAAAAAAAAAUGAAGCAUCAAAUGGCGGUACAAAGACAGGACAGGAGGUCACGUACGUAGAUGUCACCUUUGCCUCUGCUGCGACCUUUUCCUCGAACUCGGCUGGUGUUGGGACAGUUUUUGACGCUGUGGCCACUGCGACCGCACCCGAAACACUCCGUGUUACUCAUGGCCACCCCUGGCGCUGGACGCACUUAGCAGAAGCCCUCGUCCGCUCAUCAGAGACAUUAAAGGUCCAAAGGUGAGGCUCCACGCCGAACAAAAGUCCCCUUCCAGGAGCAGGUGACAUGUUGGUGGGUGGUUUCAGGUAGACUGAUUAACUUGUGAAAGCUGACAAAGGUCACACCUGUGAGCCAUUCUGUGUCUAUGAAAGAAAACGGGAAGACACCGUGAACAGUGAACAUACCAGUCAGCCACCAUGUUGAGAAGAAGAACCUUCAGGCGGUGUUGCAGGUUGCAUCGCUUCCUGUCCUCUCCGCCCCCUGAGCUCCUGACACUACAUUUCCCAGCAGGCAACGGGGGAAGAAAGCCCGGGACCCAGCAGAAAGUGGGGCACAUGAACUCUGCUCAGAUCCAGCAAAUCUUAAAGGUGAGACAUAAGGAUGAUUUUAUGUUCCAUUGUGGCAGUUUUGUCUUGUGUUGCCAGGCCAACGAGUACAGCCACAUCCUCCCCCGGGGCCCCGCCUCCCACGGUGUCCUUAGUUUCCACAGUAACAUGUUGUCAUCUAAUCACCCCGGCGAGGACUAUCGAAGCAGCGCUACCUUCCUGUCGGAUGGCGGGGGCGUGCUGUUUGGUGUUUUCGAUGGCCACGGGGGCCCCGCCUGCGCCCAGGCGGUCAGCCAGAGGCUCUUCUAUUACAUCACCGUGGCAACGCUGCCGCUGAAGACGCUGGUGGAACUGGAGCGGGCGGUGGAGGAGGAGCGGGCUGUGCCACCAUUGCUGGAGUGGCUGAAACACUGCCGAGACCACCGCUGCCCAGAUGGAGGAGCCACUUCCUUCCAUAGUCUUCGCACAUACUGGCAGGAGAGGCUCGACGAGGACCCGGAUGACGCCGAGGAGGUAAGCGCCACACAGUCUGGACCACCACACCCCAACUCAUAUAGAGGAGCCUUCUAUGAAUGGUUGCAGGAUGUCAGCAGAUUGAGUUCAGCGCUGGUCAGCGCUUUCCGACGCCUUGACUACGACCUGUCGGUGGAGGCUCAGGUGCACAUGUCCAUGUCUUCUCACAGAAGGCCGUCUCUCUCGGGGGACACAUCUCUGUCUUGUCCCCUUCGUGUGGCGCUGUCUGGAUGCACGGCUUGCGUCGCACAUGUAUCUAAAGGCGUCCUCCACGUGGCCAACCUGGGGGACAGCCGGGCUGUGCUUGGCGUCCAGGAAUCGGACGGACGCUGGUCUGCUGUUAGUCUCACAAACGACCACAACGCACAGAACCCGGAUGAGGUCCAAAGGAUUCUGAGGGAACACCCGUGGUCGGAGCGGAGGACAGUGGUCCGCCACGAGCGCUUGCUGGGUCUGCUGCUGCCUUUCAGGGCCUUUGGCGACAUCCGCUUCAAAUGGAGCGCAGAAACGCUGAGUCGACUUUAUGAAACACGUCCAGAUGUCCUUUCUGUGGUUGGCGAGGGGGCCCGAACGCCACCGGCGCACUAUUUGACUCCGCCUUACCUGAGUGCAGAACCAGAGGUCACACAGCAUCACAUCGCUCCCUCUGAUAAAUUUGUGGUGCUGGCAAGCGAUGGACUGUGGGAGCUGAUGCAUCGGCAGACGGUGGUCCAGCUGGUUGGACAACACCUCAAAGGUCUUCAGCAGCAGAGACCCAUAACCCCCACCGCCGGCAUGACGCUAGCCGAUCUGCAGCGGCUUCUUCUGGAGAGGAAGGGGCGGGUCCAGUCGGUGUUGGAGGACCAAAAUGCUGCAACUCAUCUGCUCCGUCACGCUCUGGGCGAUGAUGGCUACGGAGCAGUGGCAUCAAACCGGCUCAUAAAGAUGCUGAGUCUGCCGGCAGACCUCGCCAGGAGAUACCGCGAUGACAUCACCAUCACAGUCAUCCACCUGAACGAGCCAGACAUUUGACCAGCCCCUUCAAUGAAGGGGACGUACAAACUGGACUGGCAUAGGGGAGCAGAAUAUGUGCAUUUACGCCCCAACCGCACCAGAGGGCGUAGCCCUAUUGGAGGUUAACUGUUAAGACUAUGAAAACUCUAAACCAGUGGCCUCAAACACGCGGCCCGCGGGCCAAAUGUGGCCCGCAGGACACUAGUUUGAGGCCCCUGCCUUGAUAUGAAAGUUUAAUGUUAGUGCGGCCCGCGCAAGUUUGAUAUGGAUGCUGUAUGGUAUCAUGUACCCAGAAAAAAUUAUUACGUUUGAUUAAUGUUCACGUUAAUGGUUAAAUAACUGUUAAUGGUUAUCCUUCCUAUCCGUGUGGAAGUGGUAAGUUUUUGGCUAUUUAAGUUUAAAGGAAACAAUCAUUUAGCCAAGAAAUCCCCAUCUUUAACUUACCUUUCAUAAGUCAAAUCCUUAGGAAACACGAUUGUUUUAAAAGUAUAAAUAUUAAAACCACUCUGACAGCUUGGUGGGAAUUUUUAAAAAUAACUAGGUCCUCGCUCACUCCUUGCCAGUACACUCCGAUCUGGAAUAACCCUGAUAUAUUGCUUAAAAAAAAACCCUUGUCUCGUUCCUCUGGCUUGGGGC